UCACACAGCUGUCAUGGCAGCUCAGUGACCGGUGUGUGUUUGUGUGGGCAUGUUUGUGUAACUUACUGUUGUGUGUUGACGGUCAUGAGUUGUGUGAUGAGAUCCCGGUUAGGAUGGCUUCGGUUCGGUUACAGGAGUUUUCAUCAGAAGAGUGCGGCGGUCAGUCUCGGGGACCGGAGGCUGGAGAUCUCCACAGGGACGUUGGCCAGGUUUGCUGAUGGCUGUGCUGUGGUCAAGCUGGGUGAAACAUCUGUGAUGGUCACAGCUGUCAGUAAGACCAAACCGUCUGUCUCUCAGUUUAUGCCUCUUGUGGUGGAUUACAGACAGAAAGCAGCGGCUGCAGGUCGAAUUCCCACCAACUACCUGAGACGAGAGCUGGGCACCACAGACUCCGAGAUCCUCACCAGUAGACUCAUCGAUCGCUCCAUCAGGCCAUUGUUUCCUGCUGGAUACUUCUAUGAGACACAGGUGCUGUGUAACAUAUUAGCUGCUGAUGGGGUGAAUGAUCCUGAUAUUCUGGCUAUUAAUGGAGCGUCUGCCUCUCUGGCUCUGUCUGAUAUUCCCUGGAAUGGGCCAAUCGGUGCGGUGCGUAUCGGUCUCGCAGAUGGAGAGUUUAUUGUGAACCCGACGCGCUCGGAGAUGAACAGGAGUGUGUUGAAUCUCGUGGUCGCUGGAGCCGCGUCCAGUAACGUCGUGAUGCUGGAGGCGGCAGCAGAGAAUGUACUUCAGCAGGAUUUCUGUCACGCUGUGAAAUUAGGAGUCAAACAUGCGCAGCAGAUCAUUCAGACCAUUCAACAGAUGUCAAGAGAACUGAAAGUAACCAAACGAACACCAGGCAAACUCUUCACUGCUUCGGCCGAGAUGGUGGAAUUCGCUCGACAAUUGGCAUCUGAUAAGAUCUAUGCUGUAUUUACAGACUUCACACAUGACAAGAUAUCCAGAGAUGAAGCCAUUAAUAAAAUUCGUCUGGAUACAGAGGAACUCAUCAAAGAGAAGUUUCCACAAUCCGAGUCAUUUGAGGUGAUGGAAGCGUUUAACAGCGUCUCAAAAGAUAUAUUCAGAAAUCUUGUUCUUCAUGAAUACAGACGGUGUGACGGAAGAGAUCUGACAUCAUUGCGGGACAUUUCCUGUCAAGUGGAUAUAUUUAAACCGUUGCACGGCUCUGCUCUCUUUCAGAGGGGACAGACACAGGUGCUGUGCACGGUAACGUUUGACUCUCUGGAGUCCAGUAUUAAAACAGACUUAAUAACCACAGCACUCAGUGGCGUCAAAGACAAGAAUUUCAUGCUGCAUUAUGAAUUUCCCCCAUAUGCAACAAAUGAGAUCGGAAAGAUGAGUGGAAUGAAUAGACGAGAGCUUGGUCAUGGGGCGUUGGCAGAGAAAGCAUUGAGACCUGUUGUUCCUAAAGACUUUCCCUUCACCAUCCGUGUCACAUCUGAGGUGCUUGAGUCCAAUGGAUCAUCCUCAAUGGCGUCUGUGUGUGGUGGGAGUUUAGCGCUCAUGGAUUCAGGUGUUCCCAUCUCUUCGGCUGUGGCAGGAGUCGCCAUUGGUCUGAUAUCUAAACCCAAUCCUGAUAAAACAUCUGAACUAACAGAUUACAGAUUACUGACUGAUAUACUGGGAAUAGAAGAUUAUAAUGGAGACAUGGAUUUUAAAAUGGCAGGCACCAGUAAAGGGAUCACGGCUCUGCAGGCGGAUGUAAAAAUCUCAGGACUUCCUUUAAAGAUCGUCAUGGAGGCGAUACAGCAGGCCACAGUGGCUAAAAAAGAGAUUUUAGGUAUUAUGAAUAAGACGAUAUCUAAACCGAGGAGCUCCAGAAAGGAGAACGGGCCACUUGUUGAGAAUGUCAAAGUGCCCUUGUCUCGAAGAGCUCGAUUUGUAGGUCCAGGUGGUUAUAAUCUCCGCAAACUACAAGCUCAAGCAGGUAUAACAAUAAGUCAAGUUGAUGAAGAGACGUUCUCAGUGUUUGCACCCACACCCAGUGCCAUGAAUGAAGCCCAGGAGUUCAUGAAAGAAAUCUGCAAAGAUGAUCAGGAGGAACAGCUGGAGUUUGGUGCCAUAUACACAGCCAACAUUACAGAGAUCAGGGACAUUGGUGUGAUGGUGAAGCUGUAUCCUAACAUGAGCGCUGUGCUCCUACACAACUCACAGCUGGAUCACAAAAGGAUAAAGCAUCCCACUGCUCUUGGAUUGGAGGUUGGACAGCAGAUCCAGGUGAAGUAUUUUGGUCGAGACCCCACAGAUGGCAGGAUGAGAUUAUCACGUAAAGUUCUUCAGUCUCCAGCAGCGACUGUAGUGAAGAGUCUCAGUGAGAAACAGAGCAUCUCUAUAGGAGAAUCUCAAGACUCGUAGAGCUCUGCUCAUUACUAUCUUUUGUACAUGACAUAUUUUAUUAUAAUAAAUCUUCUUAUUAUAACAA